GUUAGUCGAAGAUAGACGUCCGUGCCGGUUGGACGAGUAGGAAAUGUCACCACAAAUGAGUCACCUUCUAGUUUUAACGUUUGUGUCUGCUUUCUGCGCUGCUCUCGCAGUUUCAGACAAAUGCGGUCAAAGUGAAGAACCACCCAGCCCUACAUCAGAAUGCUGCGGUUUAGAUCUCGCUGAUGACCAUCGCAAUAUUAGUGGAGACGCUGCCAUCAACCAGUUCCCUUGGCUAGCCCUGAUCGAACACAAUGAAGGCAGACUUACGUGCACUGGUGUUCUUAUCAGCUCCAGAUACGUAUUGACCGCCGCCCAAUGCCUGUACCAUGCUCCGAAAAACGUCCGUCUUGGCGAAUAUAAUAAAACGAAUUCCGGUCCAGAUUGUCUAAUUGUCAACGGAAAGCAAGUUUGCAACGGUGGCGCCAUCACGAUACCAAUCGAAUCUGUUGUAUCGCAUCCUGAGUUCAACUUGCCAAAAUACCACGGCCACGACAUCGCCAUCAUCAAACUAGCUAAACAAGUACCUUUUAACGAAUUCAUAAGGCCAAUCUGUCUACCAACAUCCGACAUCACCGCUUCACCACCGAACAACUUAAGAUUGAUCAACGCUGGCUGGGGCAGCAAACCUUCCAGCGACCGAGAAGACGAUGUUGUCAAACAUUACGUUGAAUUGCCAUUCAUCCCUCUCAAGAGAUGCAAGGAGAUUUACAAACACGAAGAAAGACCAAAUCGGGUUUCAGCAUCAGUCAGUGACAAGCACAUUUGCGCGGGCGGCGAGCAGGGCCUGGAUUCGUGUAGAGGAGACGGCGGUGGUCCAUUAAUGUCGGAAGAAGGCGGUCGUUACACAUUAGCCGGAAUCGUUAGUUUUGGACCAGUGCCGUGCGGUAGAAAAGGCGUACCAAGUGUUUACACGAAGGUCUAUUCAUAUUUACCAUGGAUUAACAAAGUUAUCUCAACUAAAAUGUAAUACUAGCAAAAUAAACAAAUUACGUAUGAGUUUGCAUGUGAUAAAAUAUUUUUUAAUUUCUUGGCUGGUUUAAACCGGUAAUUUUUUUUUACAAAUCGUAUAAUAAAUAUAUUUAAAAUUA